CUUCCCAAGCUUUGCAUGAGGCAAGAUCAUCUUUUUGAUGAUGAAGAGGAAAGCAAGCUGUCUUAUACCGAAAUUUAUCAGGAGUACCGAGCUCUGGUUGAAAAAUUGUUAGAAGACUAUCUUAAAGAAGUUGGAAUUAAUGAAGAGAAAUUCCAAGCAGCUUUUUCCUCUCCUCUUGCAAAGACACACGCUUCACAGGCCAUUUUGCAAACAGUGUUGGCAGCAGAAGAUUUUAGACUAUUUAAAAAAAUGAUGGUACAGAAAAAUAUUGAAAUGCAAUUGCAAGCUAUUAGAAUCAUUAAAGAGAGAAAUGGUGUGUUGCCUGACUGUUUGACAGAGGGUUCUGAUGUAUUCAGUGAAAUUGAACAUGAAGAAAUGAAAAUACUGAGGGAGGUUCUAAGGAAAUCAAAGGAAGAAUAUGAAAUAGAGCAAGAAAAGAAAAGGACUGAAGAAGCACAUGAUAAACUUAAAUCACCAGAUGUUACCUACAGUUUUCCAGGAGAUUCAAGAGAAGCUGUAAAAGUUAAUGAAUCCACUGGGGGAGCUGAUGAUUCUGAAGAAACUCCGAAAUUUCCAUUAGGGGGAUCUCAGAAGUCUGUGAAGGAAGACUUAAAACCAGUACGCCCAUUACAGAAAGGAACAGAAAGCUUACCUCAGCCCUCUGGUACCAAAGGGAAGGAAGACAGUAAGAAAAGGUCAGCUGGAAAAUGUUCAGAAAAUGCAGCGCAAAAAACUGUGAUGAAAGGACCUAAUUUAUCAGAACUUGAAAAACAGGAGCUGAAACAACGAGAGGACUACCUAAGGAAAAAACGAGACAUGCUGAUGGCUACAAAGAAGGAGUCAAGAAAUAACAUACCACUACCCACAAACACUGACCAGAAAGAAGAGGAAUUGUGUCCUAAAGAGGAAAUGUCAGAAGAGAAGCAGAGAUUACUACAGAAGAGGAAAAUGCUUGCAGAAAAACUAAAAGAAGAAGUUAUUAAUAAGCGGUAAUUUUAAGAAGCUCCGUGCAGACCCCAAGAACAUAAGUAUGUUUUUAGAAUAAGUCAUAAUCAGUAAUUAAAUGGUUUUCCAAUAUUACACUUAGUUUUAUAGAACUUUCAGACAAGCAACCAGUACUUUAUAAAUAUUUGAAAUUACACUCAAACAUGCUUAAGCCCACUUGUUUUCCAGACUUUCUCUGGCCAAGAGUGAGGCCAUUCACCAUGGCUGCAGCAUACAGGUGUUCUAACCCCUGGCCUCAGCCACUGCUAGUACAGAGAAAAAAAGCAGGUAGUAAGAGCUGUUAAAAUAAUUCCUACCUGACCAGUUGUCAAGAAGUUAGAAAUUUUCACUUUUUCAUUUUAAAAAUUGCAGAACUUUAUUCCUUUUAUUAGAAACUAUUUUUCAGCUCUGCGGUGAAAUAAAAGCUAAUUUCACAAGGAAUUGCAACUCUGACCAUCUUAUUUUGAGAAACACAGAAUGCAGCUUGAAGUCGAGACACAAGUAUUAAUGCUGGUUUUACUUUGUUUUACAUACUGUGGGGCAGAAAUAUUUUAAAGUCUUGUUGACUGGUUUGGCUUUGAGAGUUGCACAGCAGCAGGGAGAGGCGCUGUCCUCUGCCCCACGUCACACCAGGCCUGACUUGCAUUAAAAGAAACAACCCAACCCAUGCAAAAGUUUCAUGUAACUUUUUAUUAAAAUAGCAUUUAUAACUGGUAACAUGUUGGCAGAUGUUCUUUUC